GUGCGUGAUGACCCCAGAGCGUGCGUUCGGUGGCUCAUAGGGGAAGAUGGCGGCUGCUCCUUUGGAGCAGCGGGAUUGAGAGAAUCGGAGUAGGGAGACCAAACAGGAGAGACAUUCCUGGCUCUGAAGACGAACGCUUUGCUGGCCGUUAGGAGCUCUGCUCAAAGCCAGACGUAUCCUAGAAGGAAAACAUCACCAUGGCUACAGAAAUUGGUUCUCCUCCUCGUUUUUUCCAUAUGCCAAGGUUCCAGCACCAGGCACCUCGACAGCUGUUUUAUAAGCGACCUGAUUUUGCACAACAGCAAGCAAUGCAACAGCUUACGUUUGAUGGAAAACGAAUGAGAAAAGCUGUGAACCGAAAAACCAUAGACUACAAUCCAUCUGUAAUUAAGUAUUUGGAGAACAGAAUAUGGCAAAGAGACCAGAGAGAUAUGCGGGCAAUUCAGCCUGAUGCAGGUUAUUACAAUGAUCUGGUCCCACCUAUAGGAAUGUUGAAUAAUCCUAUGAAUGCAGUAACAACAAAGUUUGUUCGGACAUCAACAAAUAAAGUAAAGUGUCCUGUAUUUGUUGUUAGGUGGACUCCAGAAGGAAGACGCUUGGUCACUGGAGCUUCUAGUGGAGAGUUUACCUUGUGGAAUGGACUCACUUUCAAUUUUGAAACAAUAUUACAGGCUCACGACAGCCCGGUGAGGGCCAUGACGUGGUCACAUAAUGACAUGUGGAUGUUGACAGCAGACCACGGAGGAUAUGUGAAAUACUGGCAGUCGAACAUGAACAACGUCAAGAUGUUCCAGGCACAUAAGGAGGCGAUUAGAGAGGCCAGUUUCUCACCCACGGAUAAUAAAUUUGCUACAUGCUCUGAUGACGGCACUGUUAGAAUCUGGGACUUUCUUCGUUGCCAUGAGGAAAGAAUUCUCCGAGGGCAUGGUGCUGAUGUGAAAUGUGUAGACUGGCAUCCAACCAAAGGGUUAGUUGUUUCAGGAAGUAAAGAUAGUCAACAGCCAAUCAAGUUCUGGGAUCCCAAGACUGGGCAGAGUCUUGCAACACUUCAUGCCCAUAAAAACACAGUAAUGGAAGUGAAAUUAAACCUCAAUGGCAAUUGGCUACUCACAGCAUCACGUGAUCAUCUCUGUAAACUUUUUGAUAUCAGAAACCUGAAAGAAGAGCUUCAAGUCUUCCGAGGUCAUAAGAAAGAAGCCACAGCGGUGGCCUGGCAUCCUGUUCAUGAAGGACUUUUUGCCAGUGGAGGGUCUGAUGGUUCUUUGUUAUUCUGGCAUGUUGGGGUAGAGAAGGAAGUGGGUGGGAUGGAGAUGGCCCACGAAGGGAUGAUCUGGAGUCUGGCUUGGCAUCCUCUUGGGCAUAUUCUCUGCUCGGGCUCAAAUGACCAUACUAGCAAAUUCUGGACUCGAAACCGACCAGGUGAUAAAAUGCGAGAUCGAUAUAAUCUAAACCUUUUACCCGGAAUGUCUGAAGAUGGAGUAGAAUAUGAUGACCUUGAACCUAAUAGUCUGGCAGUAAUUCCAGGAAUGGGAAUACCAGAACAACUAAAAUUAGCUAUGGAACAAGAACAGAUGGGGAAAGAUGAAUCAAAUGAAAUUGAAAUGACAAUUCCAGGUUUAGAUUGGGGAAUGGAGGAAGUGAUGCAAAAGGAUCAGAAAAAAGUACCUCAGAAGAAAGUUCCUUAUGCAAAACCCAUUCCUGCUCAGUUCCAGCAGGCUUGGAUGCAAAAUAAAGUUCCAAUUCCUGCUCCAAAUGAGGUGCUGAAUGACAGAAAAGAAGACAUUAAAUUGGAAGAGAAGAAAAAAACACAAGCAGAAAUUGAGCAAGAAAUGGCUACAUUACAGUAUACUAACCCGCAACUUCUGGAGCAACUUAAAAUUGAAAGACUUGCACAGAAACAAGUUGAGCAAAUUCAGCCUCCUCCCUCAUCUGGCACCCCUCUCCUCGGACCCCAGCCUUUUCCAGGACAAGGUCCAAUGUCUCAGAUUCCUCAAGGUUUUCAACAGCCCCAUCCAUCUCAGCAGAUGCCAAUGAACAUGGCUCAGAUGGGGCCUCCAGGUCCACAGGGACAGUUUAGGCCUCCUGGACCCCAGGGACAAAUGGGACCACAAGGUCCUCCACUGCAUCAGGGAGGUGGGGGGCCACAAGGAUUCAUGGGACCACAGGGACCCCAGGGCCCGCCCCAGGGGUUGCCACGGCCUCAGGACAUGCAUGGGCCCCAAGGAAUGCAGAGGCAUCCUGGACCUCAUGGCCCUUUGGGACCUCAAGGGCCACCUGGACCACAAGGUAGUUCUGGUCCUCAAGGUCAUAUGGGUCCUCAGGGUCCACCUGGCCCACAGGGGCACAUAGGCCCCCAAGGUCCGCCUGGCCCUCAGGGUCACUUGGGCCCACAGGGGCCUCCGGGUACUCAAGGUAUGCAGGGACCACCUGGUCCCAGAGGAAUGCAAGGGCCUCCUCAUCCUCAUGGGAUCCAAGGCGGACCAGGGUCUCAAGGGAUCCAAGGUCCUGUGUCUCAGGGACCUCUGAUGGGAUUGAAUCCAAGAGGAAUGCAGGGGCCUCCAGGCCCCCGGGAGAGCCAGGGUCCUGCUCCCCAAGGGAUGAUGAUGGGCCACCCGCCUCAAGAGAUGAGAGGACCUCACCCUCCAGGUGGACUACUGGGACAUGGCCCUCAGGAAAUGAGAGGUCCUCAGGAGAUCCGAGGCAUGCAGGGGCCUCCACCCCAAGGAUCAAUGCUGGGACCUCCCCAGGAAUUGCGAGGGCCUCCAGGCUCACAAAGUCAGCAGGGGCCACCCCAGGGCUCUUUAGGACCUCCACCCCAGGGUGGCAUGCAAGGACCCCCUGGACCUCAGGGACAGCAGAACCCAGCAAGAGGGCCACAUCCAUCUCAAGGGCCAAUACCAUUCCAGCAACAGAAAACGCCUCUGCUAGGUGAUGGGCCCCGGGCCCCCUUCAACCAGGAAGGACAGAGCACAGGCCCCCCACCCCUGAUACCAGGCCUAGGGCAGCAGGGAGCACAAGGUCGCAUUCCCCCUCUGAACCCGGGACAAGGACCUGGCCCCAACAAAGGUGACUCCCGCGGCCCUCCAAACCAUCACAUGGGCCCGAUGUCAGAGAGGCGACAUGAGCAGAGCGGCGGGCCUGAGCAUGGGCCCGAGAGGGGGCCUUUCCGGGGUGGCCAGGACUGCAGGGGUCCCCCUGAUAGGCGUGGCCCUCACCCAGACUUCCCCGAUGACUUCAGCAGACCAGAUGACUUCCACCCUGACAAGCGCUUUGGCCACCGGUUACGUGAAUUUGAGGGGCGAGGAGGACCUUUACCGCAAGAAGAGAAGUGGAGGCGAGGGGGCCCUGGGCCUCCGUUUCCCCCUGAUCACAGGGAAUUCAGUGAGGGGGAUGGCCGGGGUGCAGCCCGAGGCCCUCCGGGGGCAUGGGAAGGCCGCAGGCCCGGAGAUGAACGUUUCCCCCGGGAUCCCGAGGACCCACGUUUUCGAGGGCGCAGAGAAGAAAGUUUCAGAAGAGGAGCCCCACCGAGGCAUGAGGGCCGUGCUCCUCCCAGAGGAAGGGAUGGUUUUCCUGGUCCUGAAGACUUUGGUCCAGAGGAGAAUUUUGAUGCUUCUGAGGAAGCGGCCCGAGGACGAGAUCUCAGAGGUCGAGGUCGGGGUACCCCACGAGGAGGAAGGAAGGGUUUACUUCCCACUCCUGACGAGUUCCCUCGCUUUGAAGGAGGGCGGAAGCCAGAUUCCUGGGAUGGAAACAGAGAGCCUGGGCCAGGUCAUGAACAUUUUCGUGAUGCUCCCCGCCCUGAUCAUCCCCCUCACGACGGUCAUUCCCCAGCCAGCAGAGAACGCUCCUCUUCUCUCCAAGGCAUGGACAUGGCAUCCCUACCUCCCCGAAAGCGCCCCUGGCAUGAUGGCCCAGGCACUUCUGAGCACAGAGAGAUGGAGGCCCCAGGAGGCCCUUCUGAAGACCGAGGAGGCAAAGGCCGAGGGGGCCCAGGACCUGCCCAGAGAGUGCCCAAAUCUGGACGUUCCAGCUCCUUAGACGGAGAGCACCACGAUGGAUACCACAGAGAUGAGCCUUUUGGGGGCCCUCCAGGCAGUGGCACCCCUUCUCGAGGGGGCCGGAGUGGCAGUAACUGGGGUAGAGGGAGUAACAUGAACUCUGGCCCGCCGAGGCGAGGAGCUUCACGGGGUGGUGGAAGGGGUCGGUAGAAGCUGGAACUGAGUACCCUGAGGCCUCUCUGGACAGUAUUUAAGAACUUCUUGUGGACUUACCAAGAGAAACAAAAGGAAGCCUGCACCGUUGUAGCCCUGAACUCUUUUCUGGGCACCUGAACCCCAGGAACCCUCAAUGAGGUCUUCAAGAUGAAGAGACUGCUGCCAGCUACCAGCCUGGCUGGCCCUGUCCUGUCCACCCUCAUUGCCCCAACUCCCAUGUUGUUUUGUGAAGAUAAAACCUGGGAUCUUUUUUUUUUUUUUUUUUUUAAGUCUCACCAGACACGGGGCGUCUCCACAAAUUUAAGUUCCUGGCCAUUUGGAAAUUUGUUUCUAUGUGUACAGUUUGUCAGAGAAAAACAUAAAGUUUUUGUAUGAAUACAGAAUGUGAUUUACGCAAGAAUUAACAGAAAACUAGUUGUGAAGUGCUUGCCUUAAGGAAACCUUUGGUUUCCAUCGCAUCCCAUCUGCCAAGGAAUGCACGGUUGUUGCUGAUGUUUCUGAGCAUAUUAACCACUAGGUCAUCUCAGUUAAUCUCCGCUGUGAACUUUGUGUUUUUCAACACACUCCUGUCACACCAUUUUUGUGAUAGUGUGAGAAAUACUUGAAAUUUAUUCUAACGUAGUUUGUAGUAGGUUCAAAUUUUUACUCAGACAUGCUGUGACAGAUGGAAAAUUGUACUCUGAAGAGAAAAUGCAAUCUCCUGGCUGUCCAACGAGGGAGCUUCCCCUUGGAAGCAUCUCCUAAAAAUCAGUUUAGAUUUGAAUCGCCUUGUUAUGAUGAGGAGAGGAACUUGAUGUUAGUCAGAAAUAAAGUCACAUGCCCUUUAGGUAACUUGAAAUCACACAUGGAGUUGAUAAGGAAUGGACCAAAAUAGGUCCUAAAACAAUUUUGCAACACUUAAGUUUUCAUCUCUUCCUCUUCCAUACUAACUAUGUGGAAAUACCAGUGUGACGGCAGGGCAUACUUCCAACUCACAGGAAGCCAGAUAGAUCUUCUCCAUGGCAAAUUCCUUGUUUGAAAUAAACAUACCAUUUAGCCCAGUUUGGAUUGGAAGCCAAAAAUUCAGUUUGUUACACCCCAUGAUACUUUCUGUACUGACCUUUAUUUUGGUUUUACAUGGAAGCUUUUAUUAAAAGGACUGUCCUAUGGCCACCUUAACGUUUCAUUACAUUGGCAGCUUCAGUUUUGGCAUCAGAGUCAAAUUUAUUUGGCAAAUUUAGUGGUGCUGGAAGUUUCUUUUUUUCUUUUUUGACAGAAUCUUUCUUGCUCUGUCACCCAGCCAGGAGUGCAGUGGUGCAAUCACGGCUCACUUCAGCUUCGACCCUGCCUCAGCCUCCCUAGUAGCUAGGACUACAGGCACAUGCCACCAUGCCCAGCUAAUUUUUUUUUUUUUUUGUAUUUUUUGUAGAGAUGGAGUGUCACCACUUUGUCUAUGUUGGUCUCAAACUCCUGGGCUCAAGUGGUCCACCCACUGUGGCCUCCCAAAGUGCUGGGAUUGCAGAUGUGAGCCACAGUACCUGGCCGCUGGUGCUGGAAGUUUCAAUGGUUUCUUAGAAAAGGCAUACUGAUACAGUUUAACAGUAUAUGAAAAUCUAACUGGUUCUCUAUGAAUGUAAAAAAACAGCAAAAGCUAACUGAUUUCUGUGGAGUGAGAAAAUGUCAGCCAUAUACACUGCUUUUCAGUGUUAGAAUCUAGAGACUAUUUUUUUUUGUAACUUUGAAAUUACAGCUUAUUUAAUCAGCGCUCCACUGUAAACAUGCUAUUAGGAGGCUCAAGAUUGCUUUAGGUUAUGGAUAUUUCUUCACUCACCCCCAACUGGUAUAGCUUAAAGAAACGGUAAUCAAAUUUCAUGAAGCUAAAACCGGAUCCAGAGACCAAACCCAUAUCAAGAUUAGACUUUUUUCCCCUGAGAUUCUAGUGGAAAAAUUUUCAUUAUUUUGGGCUUUAACUUUAGAAACAUGGUAUCUCAGUAAGCAGAUAACCAGAUCACAUUUAACAAUUUUCAUUUUACAUUUAAGCUCUACUGGACUUGACAGAUCAUUUAAACAAUAAACCUCUACAUUAUAUUAAAUAUAUAUAGCAUUUAAAAACAUCACCGUCAGCAUACAUACUAGAUGUUGUGAUUUGAAGCUUAUAGAAACUAGAUUUUCAACGUUUGAUUUGAGAAAAAAUUUUUGAGACAGGGUCUCGCUGUUGCCCAGGCUGUGGUGCAGUGUUGCAAUCACAGCUCACUGCAGCCUCAACCUCCCGAGCUCAAGUGAUCUUCCCACCUCAGCCCCACCCCGAGUAGUUGGGAUCACAGUUGUGUGCCACCACAUCUGGCGAAUUUCUUAAAGAUUUUCUGUGGAGAUGGGGUUUAUUAACUAUGUUGCCCAGGCUGGUCUUCAACUGGCCUCAAGCGAUCCUCCUGCCUUGGCCUCCCAAAAAUGCUGGGAUUACAGGUGUGAGCCACCAGCUGAGAAAUGUUGAAUUUUAAAGUUUUUAUUUAAGAAAUAAACAUUGUAAAACCCCCAACUAUUGCAAGUUCUAGAGAAAUUUAAAACUAGAACAGAAAUUUAGGGGACUAGAAAGAGCAAGCAAUGGCACAAGUCUUUACAAUUAAAAAAAUCAUUCUGAAAAUACUGCAUUUGCUCUCUCACAAGCAGCCUCCUGAGGUAGGUAACCUUGUUUACUGAUGGGGAGGGAACAAGGCAGCGUUCUUUACCAAAUCUCAGGGCGGGUGGCCUGCAAGCCUACAGUGUGGAUGUUGGCCACUUGUGUCACUUCUUGGGACAGGGCUUAGGGACCUGACUUAGCAACAUAAAUUUUGGGGUUGGAGGAAGCAGCAGUGCUCCACUGCGGCACGACAGACACCCUGUUAAGGCAACACUGGGAUCCAGCUCAGGAAAAGGAUUAUUUUCAAAUUGUGCAAGCCAAUGCACAGAAAAGUGGUCCUCAACCUUGGGGAACGUAGAAUCACCUGGGGAGCUUUAAAAAGGUCCUAUGUCUGGGACCUACUUCCCAGGUUCUGACUGCAUUGAUCUGAGGUGUGGCUCUUCAAGGCAGGCGCGAGAACCACUGGCACACGUUUAAAUUCUAAAUAUAUUUUACUUCCUAGUGUAUUGCUACUGACAAAACGUAGUUUUCUGGACUCAUCAGAAUGUUAGGCUCAUACUUUCUGGCAAUAAAUUAAGGUAGGUAAAAGUAACUGCUGAACCUAAAAUGAAGGAAGCAGCAAUUAGACAUAUAAAACAUCUUAAGAUCAGCCUGCAAACUGUAAACUAGUUUACAAAGCAGACUAUACAAUGAGGAAUAAUUCGAGCUUGUAGAAAUCCAUGGUUUCCAUCAGAUACAGGUAUUCCGGAUCUAGAAUUAUCUUCCUACUUGCAGGAUUUCCGCACAGACCAUUAAGCAUGUACGCGCCCCUUCCUGGAUCCCAUGCUUCUUGGGGCAGGAAAUUUCUUUUGGUCCGUCGCUUUCGUCGUGAAAUACACAACUAAUUUUCCUUUCAUGUUAUAAGGCACCAUAUUUAUGAUUCUGUUAACUGAAGAAAAAACCCGAGAUAAACCAUCUUAAAUAAGUACUUUUAAAAGUCCAGUGGCUGAAUUCGGUGUUUAAUCUGAUACCCGUCUGGAUUCGCAGACUGAAGAGAAUAACUUCCAAGUCUUAGUACAGCCAAAACAGAAAACUACCGUCGCUACGCUACAUCUACCACUGGAUUUUAAAACGACAAAACAGCCUGAGAAAAAUCACAAGAGCAGCUAAUUCGAAGAAAAGUCCUUUUUCUUUACUCAGCCGAACCUAAGACCACAGUUACCUCGAAAGCAACUUCUAAUAACCGUCUCCCAUCCUGUCACCAGUUCAAUGACAAAAUCUGUUUUCAGAGCAUGUGCCAAGUCCAGCACAAAACGCUGACAUCGAGGAGCUCCCAACGCUGCUGUCGCCUCCGCUGGCAGCAGCCGCUCCCGGCUUAGACUCGCAGGCUGUCGCGGCAGGGCCUUCGCCACGGACGUCCGGGCACCGCCGUGCAGUCCUCGGCUCGGCCGGCGCGGUCUCCGACGGCGCUGGCUCCGCGUACUUGACCCGAGGCGAGGGCGCGAGGUCCUCACACGGGCAGCACCUUGGCGAGGCCGGCGCUGCGGCCCAAACGACCCAGCGCGAGGCGCAGGGCGGUGCCGCCGCCCCAGGGCAGCAGCCCAACCAGCGCAGCCAGCAGCGCGGCCACCUGCGCGCCCGCGCCCAGCACCGUGAGCAGCGUACUGCGCAGGCCCAGCGCGGCGAACAGAGUGGCGCCCAGCGCUGCUGUGUAGAGCAGCGCGGGCCGGGACGGCGCUUCUUCGCAGCGCAGCAGGCGCCCGCACGCGGCGCCGCCCCGCAGCAGCGCGCCUCCCGCCAGCGCCAGCGCCGAUCCCAGCGACCAGAGCAGCGCGAACUUGCGCGCGCGCAGCAGCAACACCGGCGCGUAGAGCGCGGCCAGGCCGAAACACAGUGCAGCCAGCAGCAGGCACCCGCCACCCGCCGCCAGCCGCUGCCCGCGCGUCACACUCGGGAGGCACGCCAGGCCCGUCGCUGCCGACUCCGCGGGGCUCCGCGCCCACGUCCAGCGCAGGCCCGCGCGGCCCAACCACGCCCCCGCCGGCCCGUCACCGGGCUCCUCCGCCUCCUCCGCGGCGAGCAGCGGCUCCGCGGCCGCCGGGCCGCCGCCUUUUCCCUGCGCCAGGUACUCCUGCAGCUGGCGGCGGAGGUCCGCCAUCUUGGGCAAGGCGCGGCAGGAGGGAAAAGCUGCCGCUCACUUCCGGCCCUCCCCGGCCGCGGGCGGAAGCGGCUCGGCCUUCGGGCGGCAAUUGGUCGGCCACGGCUAAAGGGGUAGGGCCUGCGGCGCUCGCGAAAGUGCCGCGGUGCCUCCCCGCGGACUUUUGUGGUGUCCCCAAGUACCGUGGGCGCAGGUGCUGCCUGUCCGCCUGCAGUCGCCCUCCCAGUGCCUGACCCUCUUCCUUGUUCGGAGUAGGCGCCAUUACGGUCUGGCUAAGUCCUGCCAGCAUUAAUAGUUGGAAGGCAAGGGUGGGUGUGGAUCUAAAGGGGCACAAGAGGGGACCCUUUUGCUGAUGGAAAUGCCCUGUGGCCUCACUGUCUGCGUCUACCUUGGCGGUGAUAUUGUGCUAGUUUGGCAACAUGGAGGAAUGGGUAAAGGGUACACAGGAUCUCUCUUGUUCUUACAACUGAACACAAACAGUGAUCUCAAAAUAAAAAUUUAAUUUUUAAAAAA